UGUGUUGACAAAAAAAAAAAAAAAAAGAAGAAGGGGAAGAUGUUCUUCGCAUCACCAAAAGUCAGCGCGUUUCUCUCUUCCUAAUGAACCUUCAUUCUUCUGCCCCUUUUCUCAAUAUUUUCUCAAGAAAAUCUCAAUUUGUAUCAAGAAAAUACUCAUAAACACGAUGCUAAAAUCAUAAUCUCAUCUUCUGAUUCCUGAUGAUUACAUUAUCUUGAUUUUCGCUAAAGAUUAUUUCGUAUAGCUGUAUAUAAUAUACACGAAGACACACUCAUCAUACAUAGAUAUUAUGUGCAGCGUCUUUGAGAUGGACAAUUAUCAAGGAGACUUAAGGGACAUCUUACGAGGAAUCGAUGGCGGCCACGUGUUAUCGCCGGAACUUCCUCCUUCUCCUCCAAGAAUCUGGCCACUUCCACAACCAUCGCCGUCAGAUCUUCAUCACAUAAAUCCCUUUGGAGAUCCAUUUGUGAGCAUGACUGAUCCUCUCCUCCAAGAACUCAACGCCGUCACAAACUCUGGCUAUUUCUCCACAGCCGACAACAAUAACAACAACUGCUUCUUAGUUCCUAAGGUAUUAGAGGAUGAUCAUAUAAAGAGUCAAUGCAGUGUCUUCCCAAGAAUCCGGAUCUCGCAUAGUAACAUCAUUAGCGAUUCCUCUCCGUGUAAUUCUCCGGCCAUGUCGGCUCACGUUUUCGCAGCCGCAGCUGCCGCCUCGCCGAGAGGGGUCAUCAACGUCGAUACAAACAGUCCUAGAAACUGUCUAUUAGUCGAUGGUAACACGUUCUCGUCUCAGAUUCAGAUAUCUUCCCCUCCGAAUCUAGGUCCUAAGAGAAGGCAGAGUCAGGCAAAGAAGGUGGUGUGUAUACCAGCGCCGGCUGCGAUGAACAGCCGGUCAAGCGGUGAAGUGGUUCCGUCUGAUCUGUGGGCUUGGCGUAAGUACGGUCAAAAACCCAUUAAAGGCUCUCCUUUUCCAAGGGGUUACUAUAGAUGCAGCAGCUCAAAAGGCUGUUCAGCAAGAAAGCAAGUCGAAAGAAGCCGAACCGAUCCAAACAUGUUGGUGAUUACAUAUACUUCCGAACACAACCAUCCUUGGCCCAUUCAACGCAACGCUCUUGCCGGUUCCACACGCUCCUCCUCUAACCCUAAUUCCUCCAAAUCCUCAACCGCAACCGCUCCAUCCAAUGGCCCUCCAAACAACACCCACUCGCCUUCCCCCGCCUCUCCUUCUCCUCUGCCAGCCUCCGCCGUCAAGGAUGAACAAAGAGAAGAAGAUAUGGAAUUGGAAAACGUAGAAAACGAUUACGAUAAUCAGUUUGCUCCAUAUAGACCGGAGCUCCCCGAUCAGCAUCAGCCAGACGAUUUCUUCGCAGAUCUUGAAGAGCUAGAAGAAGAUUCUCUAAGCAUGUUUCUUUCUCAAGGCGUCGCCGGCUACGGGAGCAAUAAAACGACGGCGUCCAAUGGGAUCAGCAAUUUCGGCGGUUGGUCUGGGGCAAAUAAUAGUAACGACGACCGAGACUCAAGGUCGUUAUAGAAUAUAGAUAGUGUUAAUUACAGAAUGUCGAAGAUAUUAUUGUGUCACACUCUACGCGAGUACUAACAGAGUAUCUAUUUACUUAUUUACUAGUCUAAAAUCCGCACCUUAGGAUAAACAUUUUAUAUAC